AGUUAGUCUGUGUGACAAGGAAAGGGUGGUGAUGACGAUAGCGAAGAUGAUGUCUCUUUAAAGAGAGAGAUUGUUCGUGCUGAGUUGUGAGUUUCUCCUCCCGCGGUAUAAAAGCUCAUCUCUCGUCACCCUGCCGCAGUCUGCAUCCGGCUUAGAGAUGAGCUACCCACUGGACUACCUCUACGGCCACGGCUCCUAUCGCAGGACACCACAGGGACACUCUGCCCGGCCCGCGGCUUCCCUCUCCUCCUCCGGCUACCACUCCCAGCCAUGGACGACCUCCCAGCGCCGCCGCCCGGCCUACAGCCAGGCAGCCUCUGCCGACAGCUUGGAAAUCUUUAACGGCGACAUGACUCGGAGGAACGAGAAGGAGAUUCUGCAGACACUCAACGACCGGUUCGCCGGGUACAUCGACAAGGUGCGGAACCUCGAGAUGAUUAACUCGAAUCUGGAGCAGGAAGCGGCUGCGCUGCGACAGAGCCAGACGGGGCGCGCUACCGUGGGAGAGCACUAUCAGCGUGAGCUGGAGGACCUGAGGGUUAUGGUCCAGCAGUUGACCGGAGAGAAGGCACGCACACUCUUGGAGCAUGACCACCUUGAAGAGGACAUCCAGCAUGUGCGGACCAGGCUCGAGGACGAGGCACGCAGCCGGGAGGAGCUGGAGGCCGCAGCACGCGUCAUGAACAAGUAUGUGGAUGAGUCUGGGCUCGCGCGGCUGGAGCUGGACAAGAAGCUGUUCGCACUGCAGGAAGAAGCCGCGUUCCUAAAGAAGAACCACGAGGAUGAGGUGGCCGAGAUGCUCGCACAGAUCCAGGGUGCACAGGUGAGGUUCGAGGCUCGAGACACGAUCAAGGCGGACGUCACGAGCGCACUGCGGGAGAUCCGCGCUCAGCUGGAUGGCCACGCGACCAAGAGCGCAAUGCAGGCAGAGGGAUGGUUCAAAGUGCGUAUGGAACGGUUGGCGGAUGCAGCUCACUCUAACACGGAUGCAAUCCGCGGUGCCCAAGAGGAGAUAGCCGAGUAUAGACGGCAGCUGCAGAGUCGCACCAUCGAACUGGAGACCCUCAAAGGAACCAAGGACUCUUUGGAGAGACAAUGCAUGGAUAGUGAGGACAGACAUCAUGGAGAUAUCCACUCCCUACAGGAGACCAUCCACCAGCUGGACGGUGAGCUGAAGAGUACUAAGUGGGAGAUGGCAAGUCAGCUGAGAGAAUACCAGGAGCUGCUGAACGUCAAGAUGGCUCUGGACAUUGAGAUAGCUGCCUACAGGAAGCUGCUGGAAGGGGAGGAGACUCGGUUCCUAUCUGGGCCAAGCCUGUUCUCCUACUCCUCCGUUCACCUUAAGCUGAAGGGCGAGGAGCUCUCAGACACAGUCAUACUGGAGGAACAGACGGAUGAGACACAGGUCACUGAGGUGACAGAGGAAGGAGAGGACGAGGAGAAGGGCGAAGAGAAGGAAGAGGAAGUAAAGGAUGAGGAAGAUGAUGAGACCAAAGCUGAGGUAGAAGAGGGAGAAGGAGCUGAGGAUAAGGGAGGAGAGGAGGAAGAGGGUGAUAAGGAGGAAGAGGAAGGAUCUGAGGAUAAGGAGGAAGAGGAGGCAGGUGAGGAGAAAGCGGAAGAGAAGUCUAAGUCACCUGAGGCCGCUUCUCCAUCUAAGUCUCCCACCAAAACCCCACAGCCCAAAUCUCCCCUCCCCAAAUCACCCGCCAAGUCUCCUGCCCCCAAAUCUCCCACAGAGAAAUCUCCCCAGCCCAAAUCCCUGGAUGUGAAAUCACCAUCUAAAUCUCCCCCUAGCAAAUCCCCAGAGUCUAAGUCCCCUCCUCCCAAGUCCCCUCCUCCCAAGUCCCCUCCUCCCAAGUCCCCUCUCCCCAAGUCUCCUGAACCCAAGUCCCCUCCUCCCAAGUCCCCUCCUCCCAAGUCCCCUCUCCCCAAGUCUCCCAUCCAGGAGAAGGCCAAGCCCCCUGCAGAAGACAAACCAGCCAAGGAGGAGAAGAAAGAGAAGGAACAACCCCAGCCUGUAAAAGAGAAGAAACAGGAGCCAGAACCCAAGGAGAAAGAGAAGAGUGAGAGCCAGCCUAAAGAGAAGGCUGAGGAGAAGACAGACAAACCAGAUCCCAAGAAGGAGAGCAAGCCAGAGGAGACCCCAACACCUGCCCCUCCUGCCGUCACCUUGGCCAAGCCUGCAGAGGAGAAGCCCGCCCCCGCCAAGGAGAGCCCCACCCCUGCUAAGAAGGAAGAUGAGAAACAGGCCCCGUCCAAAACAGACGACAAACCUCAGGCAGAGUUGAAGCCUGCCCCCAAAGAAUCCCCAGAGAAAACAGAGAGCAAGAAAGAGAAGAAACCAGAGCCCAAAGAGGAGGUGCAGGAGGACAAGCAGGAGGCCUCUAAAGGGUCUGACAGUAAAGAGGCGAAGGAUACGAAGGUGGAAGGGAAGGCAGAGAAGGACGAAAAGUCCUCCAGCACUGAGGUCAAAGAGAAAGCCAUGAAGUGAAUCACUAACCUGUUGUGUAUGAGAAGAUCUGACAAACCUUUGUAAAGGGAGGCCAGAGCAGAGUAAGAGACAAACAGUAAACAAGCAAAGAAAUAGUGUUUCUCUAGUUACUAAUCCCUGGGUACUCAACCCUGAUAUGAUGCUUCUUCUAAUGUAUGACUGUAAAGAAUGCAGAAUGCUCUAAACUCUAUCUGAAUGUGACUUCCCGUCAAUAAUAACAAGUGCAUUAAAACAGCAACAUCGCUCUGGCUGGGAGCACAGCACAGGGCCAUGUACCUUCUGAAGCCUUCAAGGGCAGAGAUGUCAACAAAUGUCUAUAAAAGAUUGUGUCAGAUGAAUAUAUUGUACUGUAUGUGUAUAUUUAUGACGAUAUAAAUGACUAUAUUAUAUUGACAACUAUAAAAAGCAGAGAGACUAUGAACCCGCUCAUUGUGCACCUUAAACAGCUCCCUGUCUGGUUGUGCUGAGUCACUGUGCUGUGGUUAGUAUGCUAGGUCAGGGAGGAGAACUCUGAAGUCAGGGAUGACUGUGCCAUGUAUAAACUGCUGAGAAUAUGCAAUACAAACUGAUGAAACUAAUAAAAAAGGUUCAAACUGAA